AUGGAUCCAGUUAACCAAUUCUUGCGUUACGUUGCAAUCAAGCUCUUUGGUAUUAUGUUGAAUAAAACAAACUGUACAAAUUUGGAGCGUGAUUCUUUGGGAUUCUUAUUUCUUACAAACCCGUGGAAUGGUAUCCUUGUGGAGUUGCUACAGGCUGGAGUGUUUUUGAAUCCCUUACCCAACUUAUCUAUACAUUUCGUGGAAUUUCUAGUCGCACUCUUGUCCACAAACAAUGCCGUUUCUCUGAUAUGGAUUGAGAAACACGUAUUGACAAAACUGAUGAUGGUUUUUGUGCAUCAUCUGGACGAAUAUCCGACAGAAAUUGGGAACUCUAUACGUGUUUUGGCACGAACGCUGGCCUUGUGUAGUAAUCUGGAUGUUCUCAGUAACGAAGAUCGAUUGGCUGUCCAAGUGAAACUGAACACUGACCUUCCGCCGGAAUCGACGCCUAGUCUACUCCAACUAUUCAAAAUCUUUUUAAACGAGACUAUCGUGGAUCGAUAG